AUGACUGUGGUUGUGCUGGGGAUACUGAUCGCUGCAGCCCUCUUCCCAGGGUCUAUAUCGGCCGCUACUCUUGGAGUAGUGAAAACAGAGGGCGGAAUGGUAGAGGGGACCAAUCUAUGGAAAGGGUCAUCUCGCUCCAUUGACGUCUUCAAAGGAAUCCCAUUUGCUGCCAAACCAAAGAGGUUUGAGAAGCCCCAACGUCACCCUGGCUGGAGUGGUGUUCUGAAGACAACUCAGUUCAAGGAAAGAUGUUUGCAACUGAAUGAACUCCAGACUGGCACACGUGGCAGUGAAGACUGCCUCUAUCUCAACAUUUGGGUCCCUCAGGGUAGCACAGUAUCACGUGGUCUUCCCGUCAUGGUUUGGAUCUAUGGUGGUGGCUUCAUGAUUGGUAGCGCACAGGGAGUUCCUUAUUUGGACAAUUACUUGUACAAUGGUGAGGAGAUUGCUGACAGGGGCAAUGUGAUUGUGGUGUCUUCAAACUAUCGCCUUGGCCCUCUUGGAUUCCUUAGUACAGGGGACUCACAAAUACUGGGAAACUACGGACUCUGGGAUCAGCAUGCUGCUAUUGCUUGGGUGCACAGGAACAUUGCUGCCUUUGGUGGAGAUCCUAACAACAUCACUGUCUUUGGAGAAUCUGCUGGAGGAGCCAGUGUAAACUUCCAGAUCAUUUCCCCCAAAAACAAAGGCUUGAUCCGGAGAGCUAUCUCACAGAGCGGCUCUGUUUUCUGCCCCUGGGCCAUGAAUACAAAUCCAAAAGCACUUGCUGUGAAGGUUGCUCAAAAGGUGGGUUGUCCGACUGAUGCGGGUAUGGCUAGUUGCCUGAAAUCCGUUAGCUCUUCCUCCCUCAUUCUGGCAGCCAAAGUGAACAUGAUUGGCUCUGCUUCAAGUCCUCUUGUUCUGGGCCUGGACUUCGCCCCUGUGGUUGAUGGCGACUUCCUGCCUGACUUUCCUAGCAAGCUAUUUCACAACGCUGGUGAUAUUGACUACAUUGCUGGCACUAAUGACAUGGAUGGACAUAUUUUCUCUGUUUAUGACAUUCCCUCUGUUGACCUGCCACUUGUGGCUAUAUUUCCGAGUGAUGUAAAAACACUUCUGACAUCUUUCACCAAGGAGAAGGGAUCAGCAGGCGCUACUUCUGCAUAUAACCUGUAUACAGAGGGAUGGGCUAAUUAUCCUACUUGGGAUGACAUCAAGAGGACAAUUGUGGACAUAGAGACAGAUUACAUCUUUUUGGUGCCAGCCCAGACUUCUUUGCAACUCCAUGCAAGAAAUUCCAGGACUGCUCGCACCUAUUCGUACAAGUUCUCCGAGCCCACUCUUAUAGCAACAUACCCAUACUGGGUGACCACUGAUCAUGCUGAGGAUCUACAGUAUGUAUUCGGAAAGCCUUUUAGCUCUCCUUUGACUUAUUUCCCACAACAUCGAGAUGUGUCUGGAUACCUGAUUUCCUACUGGACCAACUUUGCAAAGACCGGGGAUCCCAACAAAGGGGGGUCAACUGUCCCUGUAACCUGGCCCACCUACACCACCUCUGGCCUCAAAUAUCUGGAGAUCAACAGCAGAAUGAGCAGCAGCUCUGUCAAGCAGAGACUGAGGACUCAUUAUGUCCAAUACUGGACCACCAACUACUCCCGCUUCCCCUGAAGAGGGCUCUGAUGGAUGAG